UUAGAACCGAUGUAUGCAUCUUUUUUUGAGUAGAUAUUAUUGAAAUGAAAAGAGGCAUAAAUUGUUUCCAUGUUAUCUGACAAUUUUCUGUCUGUUCAGGAAAGAGGAAUUUUGAAGGAAGCAAACUUGGAGAAGAAGGAUCUUCAAGCACCAUUGACAGAAACAACCUUUCCAGGACCCCAAGGUGGAAAUUCAUUGAGGAAACAUCGGAAUGUAGAAAUAAACGAAAUCAGUGACCAUGGAUCAGAUACAGAACACUUCAAGAUCAACCACAAACCAUCAAGACUUCUAACUCGAAGAAAUCAAAAGGAUCAGCGGAAACAAGAUUUCUUCUGGUACUCCACAAAAAACGUAAUGUUCCUAUGCAUCAGAAAAUGACAUUUCCAUCACUGACGGAGAAAGGUCAAGACA